CAUUAAUCUAUCUGCCUACACCGUUACUGCGAACAUCCAUUCUUGAAAAGUCAACCUCCACGCUGAUUGACCUUUCUCAAUUCUUUCAAUCUUUUUGACUCUUACUCCCUCAUUACCAGUCUCUCCUUCUUUUCUUGCCCAUCAUGGGUAAACUAUUCGCCAAAAAGGAUGCCGAUAACGAUUCGGGAUCGAGCCGCCGGGGUCUAUUCUCUCGCUCAAAGUCAAAGUCGCCUGCCCCUACUCCUGCCCCGGCAUGGAAUCCAUACGCAAAUCUGCAAGGCUCCCAGUCAAACCCAUACGCUCAGAUGCCGCCUGAGGAAAAGCCAGAUCCCUAUGUUCAGGACGUGAAGCCGGUCAGUUUUGGGCGAGCGCCCGUUGGCCGAGCGUCGUCCACCCCGUCAGUCGGAGGUUACGGAGAACCUGCACCUCCUCCAUACCAGGAACAUACUCCCUCCUCUGCGAUGAAUGGAAGUGCCAGUCGAUACGGGGCCAACCCCUAUGGUGCCACCCAGUCAGGGUACGGUUCGGACAGAUAUGGCACAUCAAACGAUGCCGCUGGACCUUCUCGAUUGGGUCCCGGUGGUUAUGGUGGACUUGGCCGAACGCUCAGCAAUGAGACGGCCGCAACGGAGGACAAUCGCAAUGCUUUGUUCGGGAAUGCCAAAGAGCGGUCUCAAGCCCAGCCUCCAUCACAGGCACGAAACCCAUAUGCCGCUCCGUCAGGCAGUGCAGGCGGGUAUGGAGGGCUAGGCGAUUCGCACGGAGGAGAUGAGGGCCGAGCGGCGCUAUUUGGCGAUGCACAGGAACGAGCCCAGGCUCAAACUUCGAAAACUGACGGAUACGGAGGCAUUGGCACGGGCGACGAUAGCCAAGACUACGGCGCCGGGCGGGAGCUUACAGCCGAGGAAUUGGAAGAUCAGGAUGUGGACGCCACAAAAUCAGAAAUCCGGUUGAUCAAGCAGCAAGACGUGUCAGCUACUCGGAAUGCCCUUGCUAUCGCGGCCUCGGCGGAGGAGACUGGUCGUGGUACGCUGGCGCGGCUGGCGGGUCAAGGAGAUCGAAUCCACAAUACCGAGAGAAACCUGGACGUUGCGGCCAACUACAACCGAAGAGCUGCAGAGCAAGCUAAAGAGUUGAAGACUCUGAAUCGAAGCAUGUUUGCGAUGCACGUGCAGAACCCGUUUACGAAGAAUCAGCGACGACGGGAUGAAGAGGAGCGCGUCAUCAAUGAGCGCAAGGACGAACGUGAUGUGCGUGAGGCUACUCGUGCUGCAGCAUAUGAUUCAAAAUCCAGUCAGGCCCAGCAUGCACGCAGCUUGGAACGCCAAGCUGGAUACCAGCGCAGCAAGGGCAAAGCCAGCCUUGCCGAGCGCGCCAAAUACCAAUUUGAAGCGGACAGCGAAGACGACGCCAUGGAAGAUGAGAUUCAUGAUAAUCUCGACCUCUUAUCUCACGCCGUUGGUCGAUUGCAUACCGUCGCAGGAGCCACUGGUGAUGAACUUGAUCGGCAGAACAAGGUGCUCGCCAGGAAUAUCGUCAAGACCGACAGUGUGGACGACCAGAUUACUAUGAACCACGCUCGCAUCAAGCGGAUCCAUUAAUAGUUUAUCUGUCAUUUGCCCCUUGCCCCUUUUUUUACCUCAAAUAUUUCAAACUCUGCAGUCCGGUCAUUGCUAAAAUGAAAUUACUGACAAAACCGAUCCACAUACCCGCCUGAUCCACCUCUACGUAACCACUCCUUGUUUACCUGUCCCCCUAUCCGUCUUUUCGUACGACUCAUAAAUGGCGUUUUCGGGCUUUUUUUUUUAUUGUUAUGUGUUCAUUUUCGGUUAUUCAUAUAUGUUCAUGUUCGUU